UUAGCAUGCACAUUUCUAUUUGUCAGGUUAUACCACUGAAAAGUUUGUAUGAAUAUUGAAUAUUUUUACACUGUCGAGGACACCCAGCAGGAGCAGCUUCACAUCUGGGCUGUGAGCCUGACAAUUUGUUUUUAAGUUUGUAUUUUUGAGAAGAGGAAAAGGAAAUUUUUAAACUUCAUGAGUUUGACAAUUUUUAUUGUAAUCACAAUUAAAAAAAACAACCUAUGACACAUCAAAAUGCAGCAUUUUUAUAGUUCUGUUUUUUUUUUUAUAAAAUCCUGUCCAUCGUGUCAGAGGUGAAGGGCGUUUUCUGAGCCAUGAAUGUUUUGCCACUGGUGGUGGUGAGAAUUAAGACCUAAGCACAACCGCUGUGUUCAGGCACAAGAAAAUCUCAGUGUUUUGGGUACAGUGAGGCAUUUGAGGAACAGAAAAAGGAAAGGGGAUUCUAAUUUGCUGAAUUAGAAUUAGAUUGCCAAUCUGGAAAAUACGCUGAUUCCUAACUGAUCUGUGUUUUUGAGUAAAGACGCCUAAGGAUUGUGUCUACGAGCCGCUAACUCCAGCUGUUGAGGCAGAUCUUUCUAAUUCCUUCAGCACAGCUUUUUCAUCCUUUGUGACUUCUAUUUUUAACAUAUCUCCUCCGAGAACUGAAAUCAUAAUCAGUAAAGCAAUUUUCCACGCCCAACUUUUGUUUUUACCAUGCCUCCUGUUCUCAUCAAUUUGCUGCCUCCUCUCCCCAUGGAACCUUCAACUGUAUGUGCAACUAAAAGCUGAAAGAGUUAAGAAGAUUUGGCAGCUGCACAACAACCAGCCAGCCGGUGAGGGAGGACCUGGUUUCCGGUGGCCAGAAGCAGGCAGCUCACUUGCUCAGGAUUAAGUGGGAUCGGGAGAGAUUACAGCCCUCUCUCUCUCUCUGUCUUUCCCCCUCGUUCCCCAUACAGCUUGGUAUAAAGCAAAGUGCAAGUCUCUGGGAAAUCUUUUUCAGUCUCUUUUUUCAUAUUAUGUUGGUGCUAGAAUUUGCAAGAGCCGGGUGACAAAGACUUGUGCCAUCGCUAAGGAUCGUGGCGUGGAGGUAACUUGCAUCAUGAUUUUUUGAAAACAGAGAAGGGGCACGAGGAAGGUCAGAAGGAUCAUCCUUUCUCUUGUCUUUAAUUACAGAACAGCCAGAUGGAUUCUUAUCUCCUGUGGAGCAGUUCUUGCCUGAUUUCUUAGAAACAGUCAAGUAAUAGAUUUUUUUUACCUUGAGAAUCAGUAAAUCUUUUGUAGAUAACUAUAAACUUUUGCCUAAAUUAGUUCAAGCAAAACAAAGUAUAUAUAAUAGAUGUUUUUGCUGUCAUGUGAAUAUAGUUUUUCUGUGUUACUUAUUCGUAUGAGCUGCAUUCAAUUGUGUCAUUAACCCUUGACCUCCUUCACGCUAACCAUAGCCUGAUCUCAGCAAGCUCACAUAUUGAUGGAUUACUGACAGAACGAAGUGUCUCAGGAUCAGCCUGUCUUUUGAUUCCUUGUGGAUUUCUUACUGAAUUUGUAACAUGGAAGCGCAAUAACGCCUAAUUCUGGCUCUACUGUAUAUUCUGAGAUUGGGUCUGUGUUCCUGAUCAGAAAGACAAGUUGAGAGCAGGGAUUACAAUGUGUCUUGACUGGGCAAAAUGAUGACCUCAGCCCAACUACAAUCGCAAAUAGAACUUUAGGUGGGAGAGAUCACAGCUGUUACACAAUCCAGGAUUUAGAUGCAAUCAUUACACAGGUUUCUGCACAGAAGUUAGUAAAUUCAGCUUUUUUAUCACAAUGCCAUGACAAAUUCUAAUCUAACAGAAUCCUCUACAUUAAAGGUAUCAAUCAAGCUCUAGUCCACUGACAUGCCAUUUCUUCUCCAGUUUUGUCUUUCUUUGCCCAGAGCUAAUUGGAGUAAAGGUUUGAGGGUUCAGUGACCAUGAAGGGAGCGAUGAUGGAGGCUCAGGUAUUAAACCCUGAUUGUGAACUAGGAGAACAGUGUAAGUUUAUCAUUUUAUGUCAUUAUUAUUCAACUUCAACUGUACACACAAUCUUACUAUCCAGCUGUGUGUUUAGGCUUGCACCAGAUCCUGACAGAUGUGAUCGAGGAGGUAAAGCAGUCAAUAAACCAGGACACUGUUGGCGCCGAGUUUCUUAAUAGUCUGCUGAACGCACCCUGGCUGCAGUCGCUUCUUAAGGUUCCCUCACUGUAAAAUGUGUUGUAAUUAAUUUCUCACUCAGUGAAGCCACCACAGAGUGUGGGAGGCUGUUUUUUUCAUUUAAGUCACUUACAGUAACAACUAUAAUUGUAUUUGUAUUUAUUUGAUGAUUGUUUUCAGGUUUACGAAUGUCUUCAGAGGUACCUGAGAGAUUCUCCAACACCAACUCUAGGUUGCGCUUCAGCUGCUCUUUGACAUCAGAUCAUUACCAGGCUGCUCAGAAGAGGCCAACGAGCUCUACAGCCUCCUGCAGCAGCCACAUAUGCAAACUCUCCUCUCAGCUCAUGAUGUUGUGGCCCAGAAGGACUAUGAUCCCGCGCUGCCUCCAAUGCCCGAAGACUUGCCAGAUGAUGAGGAGGCCACGCGGAUCGUAUGCCUGGUCAAAAAUAAACAGCCCCUGGGAGCGACUAUAAAGAGAAAUGAGGUCACAGGAGAGAUAUUUGUUGCUCGAGUUAUUCAUGGAGGGCUGGCUGACCGGAGUGGUCUACUUCAUGCAGGAGAUCGGAUCUUAGAGGUGAACGGUUUUGCUGUGGAUGGGAUGGAGCCUAAGGAAGUUAUCCAAGUAGUGCAAUCAAGAUCACAAGGCACCAUUAUGUUCAAAGUUGUUCCCAUCACAACACGGCCGGUCAACAACCAGACGAUGCUCUAUGUACGAGCCAUGGCCGACUACAGCCCUCAGCAGGACCCCUCCAUCCCCUGUGCUGAUGCUGGUGUGAGCUUCAGAAAAGGAGACAUCCUGGAGAUUGUGGAUCAGACGGACGCUCUGUGGUGGCAGGCCAAGAAGCUGCCCAGCACCAUGGAUUGUGCUGGUCUCAUCCCCUCCAUUGACCUUCUCAAACGGAAGCAGAGGGAGUUAUGGUGGUCUCAGCCUUAUCAGCCACACAUCUGCAUGCAGACCUUGAGUAUUGUUGAAGAAGAGGAAGACUUGAUGGCCAUCGAUGACAAAUGUGUUGAAGCAGAUGAGGAGGCAUUUGAAUCUGAGGAGCUGAGAGAAGAGGAUGACAAUUUCACCACUAAUGAGGAAGGAAUCUACAUAGCAGGCUUCAGGCUCAGCAUGCGCCUCUGCAGGCGCCAGUUCCACAGUAGCACCCAGGCAUGCUGCCACACCCGUUGCCCCAGUAGUUGCUACAGCACCCUUAACUGCCCCUAUGAGGAGGUGGUGCGUUACCAACGCCUCCCACAGGAUGCCCACCGCCUCCUCGCCCUCACAGGUCCGUCAGGUGUUGGCGUAAAUGAACUGCGGAGGCGCUUAAUUGAAAUGAACCCCAACAUUUUUCAGGGAGCAGUACCUUUCACCACAAGGGCACCCAAAGCAUACGAGAAGUCUGGACGAGAGUAUUUCUUUAUCAGCAGUGAAAUCUUUGAUAGCAUGGUUUAUAACAACAGGUUCCUGGAAUACGGGGAGUACAAAGGAAACCUGUAUGGGACCAGCAUUGAGUCUGUGAAGGAGGUUUUAAACAGUGGAAAGAUUUGUAUCAUUGACAUUGAGCCAAAUGCAAUUCAGGCAGUAAGGACCCACGAACUGAGACCCUACAUAGUUUAUGUGAAGCCACCAUCUUUAGAGCGCCUCAGGGAAACUAGACAAGACUCAUGUAUCAUCACCAACUACUACAUGAACCGAUCAUUCAGAGAUGAAGACUUCCAGGAAAUGGAAGAAGCAGCUAGGAAGAUUGAGUCUCAGUACUGGCAGUUCUUCGAUAAUGUAAUUGUCAAUGAUGAACUGCAUGACUCCUGCAUCCAGCUGCUGACAGUUGUGAGAAAAGCUCAGGAUGAGCCACAAUGGGUCCCUGUCAGCUGGAUACGACCCAUUACUGAGUCAUAGGAGACGGGUGGGGUGGGUGGGGGUUCUGGUUAUCUGUUACUGCAUGCUUUAGGGGAAUGGGGCAUAAAAUAAAUUUAAGUAUUUUGAUCUGUUUGCUUGCAGUGUGCUUGUCUUGUGAGAUACAAAAUUGCAGUUUUUCCUCCCUUGUUUAAACACAACAUAACAUCUCAUCCAAAUCCCCAAACAUUCUAUUUUCUGUUUCAAAUUAAGCUUUACACUCAAAACCAUUUACUUUUCCUGAAAAACAAACAACACCCGUAUGUCCUCAAACACAGAUCUACUGUAGAUUUGUCUUUCAGGCUUCUUCCAUGGCAUUAAGGAGGUCAGCACUGUCAUAUGGUUCCCUAUCAUACACUGUCCACCGCCUUGCCAAAAAACCUCCUCUAUUAGGUGUACAGUAGGUGUAGAAAGGCAGAAUAUACAGGCAGAAAGGUGUUAGAAAACCGUAGGUUAUUUGUAAAUCAGUCACGAUCCAGAGCUGCACGAUUGAAGCUGAUAUUAUCCAAAGUGAGGCUACUCUGUACACUACAUUUAGAGUGCAUACACUAUGACACUUGCAUCAUUGACAUGUAUUUUCUAUUUAUACACAUGCAUCGUAUACUUAUACAUAUAUAAUCUUAUAUUUAUACAUAUAUAAUUUCCUACCCUGCUCCCCAAUCGUGCACAGGCAACGAUCCAAAUUCUGUUUUAAUUCUGUCGUGGCGCUGAAAUACUUUUAUUUUGGAAGAACCGGAAACUGUUUGGCUCUCUAAAAAACAUCCGGGUAAUGGUUUGCGUUUCGAAAAACGUAACAAUGUAAUAAAAGAGUUAACGUUUAGUGCUGAAGUAGUCGUAUAAUCGCCUUUCAGUUAACAGAAUACGAAGUGAAUCAAUAUUAGAAGCAGCGGUUUAAAAGUAUGGAGGCGAGAGAACCGAAG